CGAUCACGAUAUUUUUCCCCCUCUUCGUUUCUUCACUUCAUCAACGCGCUGCCACUUUGAACCACGCCACCCAUUCUGAAUACAUGUCUACCACCAUGGAUCUGAUCCAUAUGACUACAGAAUUUAAGCCGUCAUCGUCUUGUCUCGUAGAUAUCUAUUACGCUACCUACCCAAAUUUGACAUGCCAAGACCCGAAGGGCAGCUUCACCCAAUGCCGGUAUUUUCACCUCGGCCCGACGAUGAGUACUUCGGAUUGCUUUCCUACAGGCUGGAGUCCCUCCUCCGGAGCUUUUAUCUCCUCCAAUGCAUGCCCUGAAGGCUACGCGGUAGCAUGUUCCUCUGGAGGCCUGUCGGAGACUAAGGCGACAUGUUGUCCUGUUGGUUAUACGUGUCGAACGAAUUCCGACCUUGUAUGGUAUACAACCGACCUCUGCUACAGCAUGAUAAUAUCUGUGCAGUACGUAUACACAACCUCGACGCCUGGGAAAGGCCCCGAGACCUCGACGACAACCGGAGAUGGGUCAGGGGCUCUUAAUGCGUAUGGGAUCGUGAUCAGGUAUUUGUCGCUUAGCAUGGCGUCAAUCACAUCGUCAUCCAGCACCACGACUCCCGAACCAACCACCAACGUAGGUACAAGCUCAAGUGGCCUGUCGGGAGGAGCGAUAGCCGGCAUUGUCAUCGGCUGUGUAGCAGCUGCUGCCCUAGUCUUCAUUGCAGCUUUCCUGGUGCGUAAGCGCGGGGAGAUACAAAGAGAGAGCAGGGCAUCGAUUGUGUCCGAGCCGAAGACGCCAGCGCCCGAAACUACGGACGGUAAUGUUGGGACUGUCUUGAGCCCGGAGCAACAGCAGUUACAAACCCCUGCGGAACAACACGAGUUAUCAGAAAUGUCCAGGAUGCUAGAGCUAGAAUAAAAAGUAUAUCCAAACAUGAUUAUUUAGUUGGAUAUAGAGGUACGGAAAUUGUUUUCUUGGUUCUUUGCUACACUGCCAGCGCUGAGCCACCGUCGCGUCAUUUAUGUAAAUCAUGUCUUAGGGGAUUGAAUUCAUGUAACGUUUGCC